AUGUCCACCGACAACGUGAAGUUCUACGAGCUCGGCUUCAAGGACCUGGACGGCAAGCCGUUCCCGUUCGAGCAGCUCAAGGGCAAGGUGACGCUGAUCGUCAACGUCGCCUCCAAGUGCGGCUUCACGCCCCAGUACAAGGGCCUUGAGGAGCUGUACAAAAAGUACGCCGACCGCGGCUUCACCAUCCUGGGCUUCCCGUCCAACCAGUUCGCCGGCCAGGAGCCCGGCAGCUCCGACGAGAUCGCCAGCUUCUGCUCGCUCACCUACGGCGUGACCUUCCCGGUCAUGGAGAAGUCCGACGUCAACGGCGACAAGGAAAACGAUGUCUACAAGUAUAUCAAGCAGGAGAAGCCCGGCAUCAUGGGCCUGAAGAGGAUCAAGUGGAACUUUGAAAAGUUCCUGGUCGACAAGCACGGCAACGUUGUCGAGCGCUGGGCGUCCACCACCACGCCUGCGUCCAUCGAGGCGACGAUCGUGAAGUACCUGGACCAGGAGUAG